UUAUCUUCCCCUCAUAACCUCUCUCUCUCUCUCUCUCUCUCUCUCUCUCUCAAACACUCUUCUUCGUCCCAAUCGAUCGACCAAAAACCCUUCCCCGAAAACCCUAGAAAAUCUCGAUCACAAAUCUAUCCAAUCAUCCCGCUCUCCCUUUCCCGUCUUUCUAAUCUCAAUUGUCCGUCCUAUCUAUAUUCCUUGGACUUGAUAUUCGUUCACCAAUCCCAUCGACCGAUUCACCGCCUCAUCUUUUAAUCGUGUAAUGCUCUAUUCACUGGUUUGAUUUCUCAAGAUGAAGUUGAAGAGGCGGAGGGCUUUAGAAGUGCCUCCAAAAAUUAGAUCCUUCAUCAAUGGUGUAAUAGAUACUCCACUUGCAAAUAUCGAGGAGCCUCUGAAAGGUUUUGUUUGGGAGUUCGAAAAGGGAGAUUUUCAUCAUUGGGUUGAUCUUUUUAAUCAUUUCAACACAUUUUUUGAGAAAUACGUAAAAACAAGGAAGGAUCUGCAUGUUGAGGAUAGCUUUUUGGAAUCUGAUCCUCCUUUCCCAAGAGAAGCUGUUCUUCAAAUUCUUCGUGUUAUAAGGAUAAUUCUGGAGAACUGUACAAAUAAGCACCUCUAUAGUUCUUAUGAGCAUCACCUUUCUUCUCUGCUUGCUUCCACCGAUGCAGAUGUGGUUGAGGCUUGCCUGCAAACUUUGGCAUCUUUCUUGAAGAAAACAAUUGGAAAGUAUAUAAUAAGAGAUGCUUCUUUGAAUUCGAAGUUAUUUGCUUUUGCACAGGGUUGGGGGGGAAAGGAUGAAGGCCUUGGAUUAGUUACAUGUGCCAUAGAUGAUGGAUCUGAGCCGAUUGCUUAUGAGCUUGGUUCGACCCUCCAUUUCGAGUUCUAUGGAUCAAAUGAAGAAUCUUCCGAUGAACUUCUGGCUGCUGAACUGCGAACCCAAGGUUUAAAAAUCAUUCAUUUGCCUAACAUUAAUGCUUAUCAAGAGUCCGAUCUUGAGCUUUUGAAUAAGUUAGUCAUGGAUUACAAAGUACCCCCAAGUUUAAGAUUCUCUCUUUUGACAAGAUUGCGGUUUGCACGGGCUUUCAGCUCUUUAGCAGCACGGCAACAGUAUACGUGCAUUCGCCUGUAUGCAUUCAUAGUUCUUGUUCAAGCAUGUGGCAAUACUGAUGACUUGGUCUCUUUCUUUAACACUGAGCCUGAGUUCAUUAAUGAGUUGGUCUCAUUACUGAGCUAUGACGAUGCGGUUCCUGAAAAGAUUCGAAUUCUGAGCCUGCUUUCCUUGGUUGCUCUUUGUCUAGACCGGUCUCGCCAGCCUAGUGUGUUGGCUGCCGUAACCUCAGGUGGGCACCGUGGCAUUCUGUCUAGUCUAAUGCAAAAGGCCAUUGAUUCCAUUGUUAGUAAUUCCUCAAAGUGGUCUAUAUUUUUUGCGGAGGCUUUAUUAUCUCUUGUCACUGUUUUGGUCUCGUCAUCAUCGGGUUGUGCAGCCAUGCGUGAAGCAGGAUUCAUACCAACGCUUCUUCCUCUUCUUAAAGAUACAGAUCCCCAACAUUUGCAUUUGGUCAGCAUGGCUGUACAUAUUCUAGAGGCUUUUAUGGACUACAGCAACCCAGCUGCUGCAUUAUUUAGAGACUUGGGGGGUUUAGAUGAUACCAUCUCACGGUUGAAAGUUGAGAUAUCUUACGUUGAAAAUGGUUCAAAAGAGCAAUGUGCUUCUACUGAGGUAGAUAGUUCUGAAUGCAGUAGUUCACAGGUAGGUGGUGCUGGGUCGUCGACGGAGCUAGACAACAUGCAAUGUCUUUAUUCUGAGGCAUUGGUUGCGCAUCAUCGGCGGCUACUGAUGAAAGCCUUACUACGUGCCAUAUCUCUGGGUACCUAUGCCCCGGGAAGCACUGCUCGUAUUUAUAGCUCCGAGGAGAGUUUGUUGCCGCAUUGCUUAUGCAGUAUCUUUACAAGAGCAAAAGAUUUUGGUGGUGGGGUGUUCUCACUUGCAGCAACUGUCAUGAGUGAUCUCAUUCAUAAAGAUCCUACUUGUUUCCCCGUCUUAGAAGCAGCUGGUCUUCUAACUGCCUUCAUAGAUGCUAUAAUGGAUGGCGUCCUCUGCUCUGCAGAAGCCAUAACAUGCAUACCUCCAUGCUUGGAUGCCUUGUGCCUCAAUAACAAUGGUCUUCAGGCUGUUAAAGAUCGCAAUGCUUUGAGGUGCUUUGUGAAAAUAUUUACUACAAGGUCCUACCUGCGUGCCCUUACUGGUGACACUCCUGGAUCUUUGUCUGGUGGUCUUGAUGAACUAAUGCGUCAUGCAUCUUCAUUGCGUGGUUCUGGAGUAGACAUGUUGAUUGAAAUUUUGAAUGCUAUAGCAAAGAUUGGGUCUGGGGUAGAAGCUUCUUCCUCAUCAACUGAUUCUCUCUGUGGUUCAAUUCCAGUUCCCAUGGAAACUGAUGCGGAAGAGAAGAAUUUGGCUCCCUCAGAUGACAAGGAAUCAUGUAAGGUUGAUAAGACUGAGCAGUCCACUGAGCCCACUCCUGAUGCCUCAUUGGUAAGUGUUGAGUCUUUUCUUCCUGACUGUAUAAGCAAUGCUGCUCGUCUUCUUGAAACAAUACUUCAGAAUUCUGACACCUGUCGGAUAUUUGUUGAGAAGAAGGGAAUUGACGCUAUUCUGCAGUUAUUUACUUUGCCAUUAGUGCCUCUUUCAAUGUCUGUCGGUCAGAGCAUCUCUGUGGCCUUCAAGAACUUCUCUGCGCAGAAUUCUGCUUCCCUUGCUAAAGCUGUAUGUUCUUUCUUGAGAGAGCAUUUGAAGUCGACCAACGAACUUUUAGUUUCAGUUGGGGGGACGCACCUUGUUCAGCUAGAAGCUUCGAAGCAGAUGAAUGUCUUGAGAUGUCUCUCCAGUCUUGAAGGCAUUCUGUCUCUUUCCAAUUCGCUGUUGAAGGGAAAUACUACUGUGGUCUCUGAGCUUGGUACUGCAGAUGCUGAUGUAUUGAAAGAUCUUGGGAAGGCUUACAGGGAAAUACUGUGGCAGAUUUCUCUCUGUUGUGAUUCCAAGGUGGAUGAGAAGCAAAGUGGUGAACUAGAAUCUGAAAGGGCAGAUACAGAUGCAGCUGCAUCCAAUGCUGUUGGGAGAGAGAGUGACGAUGACGGGAACAUCCCUAUGGUGACAUACAUGAACCCUCUUUAUGUCAGGAAUGGUUCUCAAUCCCAUUGGGGGGCAGAACGUGAUUUUCUUUCAGUAGUUCGAUCUGGUGAAGGCUUUAACCGUCGCAGUCGGCAUGGGUUAACACGGAUCAGGGGUGGAAGGAUGGGGAGGUAUGUAGAAGCUUUGAACUUCGAUUCAGAAGUUUCAGCCAAUUCACUUGAAACUUCUUCCCUGGAUGUGAAGAAGAAAAGUCCUGAAGUUCUUGUUUCGGAAACUCUGAGCAAACUCGCUUCAACUGUCCGGUCUUUCUUCACCGCUCUUGUCAAAGGAUUCACAUCACCAAAUCGUCGUAGAACUGAGUCUGGACCGUUGAGUUCAGCUUCAAAGAGCAUUGGCUCUGCGCUUGCUAAAGUUUUUCUUGAGGCUUUUAGUUUCUCAGGGUAUUCUACCUGCACAGGGACUGGUACCUCUAUGUCAGUGAAGUGCCGCUAUCUUGGAAAGGUUGUGAGUGACAUGGCUGCACUUACAUUUGAUAACAGGCGGCGAACUUCUUAUACAGCAAUGGUAAACAACUUUUAUGUCCAUGGAACCUUUAGGGAACUACUUACCACAUUUGAAGCUACAAGCCAGUUGUUAUGGACGCCCCCGUGCUCUAUUCCAACGUCUUCUAUUGGUCAUGAGAAACCUGGUGAAGCAAGCAAAUUAUCUCACAAUUCAUGGUUGCUUGAUACAUUACAGAGCUAUUGUCGAUUGCUUGAGUAUUUUGUUAAUUCUUCUACACUCCUGUCUUCAAACUCUACAUCCCAGGCCCAACUGCUUGUUCAGCCUGCAGUUGGUUUGUCCAUUGGAUUGUUUCCUGUUCCAAGGGACCCAGAGGCAUUUGUUCGCAUGCUCCAGUCUCAGGUUCUGGAUGUCAUACUUCCGGUGUGGAACCAUCCCAUGUUUUCCAGUUGUAGCCCUAGUUUUAUCACUUCAAUUAUUGCUCUUGUUACUCAUGUGUAUUCUGGUGUUGGAGACGUCAAGCGAAAUCGCAGUGGUGUGACAGGUAGUACAAACCAGAGGUUCAUGGCCCCCCCACCUGAUGAAGCUACUAUUUCUACAAUUGUGGAGAUGGGUUUUACAAGGGAAAGGGCAGAGGAAGCAUUGAGACGCGUUGAAAGAAAUAGCGUUGAGAUGGCUAUGGAAUGGUUGUUUAGUCAUGCUGAAGACCCAGUACAUGAGGAUGAUGAACUGGCUCGGGCACUUGCUCUAUCUUUGGGGAAUUCUUCAGAAUCAUCUAAAGUUGAUAGCGUUGAUAAAUCAGUUGAUGUUUUGACAGAGGUGGGACAAACAAAAGCACCACCUGUUGAUGAUAUUCUUGCUGCAGCGAUGAAAUUGUUCCAGAGUAGUGACUCUAUGGCAUUCCCAUUGACGGACUUGCUUGUAACCCUGUGUAAUAGGAACAAAGGAGAAGAUCGCCAAACAGUGACGUCUUAUCUUAUUCAGCAGCUUAAGCUUUGUCCUUUAGAAUUUACGAAGGAUACAAGUGCUUUGAGUAUGGUGUCUCAUAUUUUGGCAUUGCUUCUUUCCGAAGAUGGAUGUGCAAGAGAAAUGGCUGCAAAAAAUGGUGUUGUCUCCGUGGCCAUUGAUAUAUUGAUGAACUUCAGGGAUCAAAUUGGCUUGGGAAGUGAGGUUUUGGCUCCGAAAUGCAUUAGUACUCUGCUUCUUAUCUUGGAUAUUUUGUUACAGUCCAGGCCUAGAGUUUCUUCAGAUAAUACUGAAGGAAUUGCAGCAGGUCCUUUACCUGAUUCAUCUGCUGAGCAAAAUGCAUUGUCAGCAUUGGAAGUAGUUACUGAGAGAAAAUCAACUCCAGAAACUCAUGAAGAAGAAACUGAAACUACAUUUGAGAAGAUUUUUGGAAAAUCUACUGGCUAUCUGACUAUUGAGGAGAGUCAUAAGGUACUGACUGUCGCGUGUGACCUAAUCAGUCAGCACGUCCCAGCUGUGGUCAUGCAAGCUGUUCUACAAUUAUGUGCCCGCUUGACAAAAACACACGCUCUGGCUCUGCUCUUCCUUGAGAAGGGAGGCCUGGUUGCUCUCUUUAGUCUUCCAAGAAGUUGCUUCUUUCCUGGAUAUGACACCCUGGCAUCUGCCAUCAUCCGUCAUUUACUUGAGGAUCCUCAGACACUGCAAACAGCUAUGGAACUGGAGAUACGGCAAACUCUUACUGGAAAUCGUCAUGCUGGUCGUGUUUCCCCCCGGUCAUUUUUGACAUCAAUGGCUCCUGUUAUCUCAAGAGAUCCAGGGGUUUUUCUGAAAGCUGCAACUGCUGUUUGUCAGUUGGAGUCAUCAGGAGGGAGGACUAUAGUGGUGUUAUCAAAGGAAAGGGAAAAGGACAAAUCUAAGGCAUCUGGUGUUGAAAUUGCAGCAUCUUCUAAUGAAUGUGUAAAGAUUCCUGAAAGUAACACCCAUGAUGCCCCUGGUAAGUCUCCCAAAGGCCACAAAAAGAUUCCUGCAAAUCUUACUCAGGUAAUUGAUCAGCUUCUUGAAAUUCUAUGGAAAUAUCCUUUGCCUAAAGGGGACGAGGACUGUGGUAGUUACUCUACUGCUAUGGAGGUGGAUGAAGCUGCUUCGAAGGUAAAGGGUAAAUCAAAGGUUGAGGAGACAAAGAAGGUUGAGACAGACAACCUAUCAGAGAGAUCUGCAGCACUAGCUAAGGUGACUUUCGUUUUGAAACUGUUGAGUGACAUUCUUCUGAUGUAUGUCCAUGCAGUUGGGGUUAUACUGAGACGGGAUUCAGAACCGUGCCAAUUGCGGGGAUUUAAUCAUUUAGAAAGUCCUGGACCUGGUGGCAUACUGCAUCAUGUUUUGCAUCGACUUCUUCCCCUGUCCACAGAUAAAAAUGCUGGACCUGAUGAAUGGAGAAGCAAGUUGUCUGAAAAAGCCUCAUGGUUUCUGGUGGUUUUGUGUGGUCGUUCUAGUGAAGGACGUAGGCGAGUAAUCAAUGAACUUGUGAAAGCUUUAUCUUCAUUUUCAAAGUCGGAGAGCAGUUCUUCCAAGAGCAGCCUGUUUCCACAUAAAAGGGUUGUUGCUUUUGCUGACCUGGUAUAUUCCAUUUUGUCAAAAAACUCAUCCUCCGGCAGCUUACCUGGUUCUGGGUGCUCACCUGACAUUGCAAAAAGUAUGAUAGAUGGUGGAAUGGUUCAGUCUCUUACCAGCAUUCUUCAGGUGAUUGAUUUGGACCAUCCUGAGGCUCCUAAACUAGUGAACCUUAUAGUUAAGGCUUUGGAAAGCCUAACACGUGCCGCUAAUGCUAGUGAGCAGGUCUUCCGAUCCGAUGCCCUUACCAAGAAAAAGUCCACUGUUUCCAAUGGUAGGUCCGAUGAUCAAGCAGUUACACUGGCGGUAGUUGAGACUGGGGAGCCCAAUCUGAGCAGGAGCAGUCAACGGGAAGUUAGUGAUGCAGAAGAUAUGCCGCAGCAGCACAUGGGAACAUCUCAGAAUCAAGGUGAUAAUGAUGACAACCGAAAUGAGUCAAUGGAGCAGGAUAUGAGAAUUGACGCGGAAGAGACUGUAAUUGCUAAUCCACCUAUGGAGCUUGGGAUUGAUUUCAUGCGUGAAGAAAUUGAGGAAGGUGACGUGUUAAACAAUAGAAACCAGAUUGAGAUGACUUUUCGCGUUGAGCACAGGGCGGAUGAUGAUAUGGGUGAUGAAGAUGAUGACAUUGGGGAUGAUGGUGAUGAUGAUGAGGAUGAUGAUGAUGGGGAGGAUGAGGACGAGGAUAUAGCAGCAGAUGGUACUGGUCUGAUGUCUCUAGCUGAUACAGAUGUAGAAGACCAUGAUGAUACUGGCUUGGGGGAUGAAUACAAUGAUGAUAUGGUUGAUGAAGAAGAGGACGAUGAAUUUCAUGAAAACCGUGUGAUAGAGGUAAGAUGGAGGGAAGCCCUUGAUGGGUUAGAUCAUUUGCAAGUGCUAGGGCAACCUGGAGCUACAAGUGGUCUCAUUGAUGUUUCCGCUGAGCCCUUUGAAGGGGUGAAUGUGGAUGACCUUUUCGGUCUUCGUAGGCCUCUAGGCUUCGAACGUCGCCGCCAGACAAGUAGGACUUCCUUUGAGCAAUCUGUUACAGAAGGAAACAGUCUUCAACACCCUCUCCUCUUGAGGCCAUCCCAGUCUGGGGACCUCAUUUCAUCCAGGGAAGUGGAACCCUCAGCUGGAAGCUUUGAUGUAUCUCAGUUCUUCAUGUUUGAUGCCCCUGUUCUUCCCUAUGAUCAUGUACCAGCUAAUCUGUUUGGUGACCGGUUGGGUGGUGCGGCACCACCACCCUUGGCUGAUUUCUCUGUGGGUCUGGAGUCUUUGCGUUUGCCAGCCAGAAGAGGACCAGGUGAUGGUAGAUGGACAGACGAUGGUCAGCCACAAGCAGGUGGUCUAGCUGCAAGUAUUGCACAGGCAAUGGAGGAACAGUUCACAUCUCAAUUACGCAGUAUUGCUCCUGACAACAGUUCGUCCGAAAGGCAGUUACAAAAUUCACAGUCAGAUGUUCUCCUAGCAAAUGAUAGUACUGGUGGUCAGCAGACUGGAGGUCAGCAUCAUGAGAAUGGUGUUGAAGCUUCUCAUCAUGAAACUGAUCAGAUGGUUGAAAGUGUUCCUCAUCAAGAAGAAAGCAAUCCACAGGUGGUUGAAGCCAAUGAAUGUCUGCAGGAACAUGAGCCUAUGUUGAGUGAUGUGGUCACUGGGAACUAUGCUUUGGAUGGUCAUGAUAGCAUGGAAAUUGGUGAAGGAAAUGAAACCCUCAAUGGACAGGAUUUGGGCCGUGAGGGAUCUUCUGCAACAGAUAGCCAGUCUAGUACUCAUGCAUUGCUAACCUCUGGCUUUGAGAUUUCUAACCCAGGUGAUUGUCUUGAUUCUCCGGGCAAUGGAGGUUUGGAUGUUGAUAUGAACAAUGAGGUCAUGGAAGGCAAUCAAGUUGAGCAACUCCCCCUACCUUCUCAGGUUGGGGUGGAUGAACCCUUGUCGGGCCAGAACUCUCUGGUUGCUCAAGAUGCUGUUCAGACUGAUCAAACAAGUUUGAAUAACGAGGCUCCAAAUGCGAAUGGUAUCGAUCCAACCUUCUUAGAGGCACUUCCUGAAGAUCUCAGGGCAGAAGUACUAGCUUCCCAGCAAGCUCAAUCUGCACCAAAUCCAACUUAUGCCCCACCUUCAGCUGAAGAUAUUGAUCCAGAGUUUUUAGCUGCACUUCCUCCGGAAAUUCAAGCAGAAGUUUUGGCCCAACAACGAGCACAGAGGGUAGCACAGCUUGCCGAAGGACAACCGGUUGAGAUGGACAAUGCUUCAAUCAUAGCUACUCUUCCUGCCGAUUUACGUGAAGAGGUUCUUUUAACUAGCUCAGAGGCAGUUUUGUCAGCAUUGCCUUCUACAUUACUUGCUGAAGCACAAAUGCUCAGGGACAGAGCAAUGAGUCAUUAUCAGGCUCGCAGCCUUUUUGGAAGUAGCCACAGACUUAACCCUCGGAGGAAUGGUUUAGGGUUUGACAGACAUGCAGUGAUGGACAGAGGUGUUGGUGUUACAGUAGGCCGAAGGGCAUUUUCUGCUCUUGCAGAUAGCUUGAAGUUGAAGGAAAUUGAAGGGGAGCCGCUUUUGGAUGCACAUGCUUUGAAAGCAUUGAUCCGACUCCUAAGAUUGGCGCAGCCUCUUGGGAAAGGCCUUCUACAGAGGCUGUUGCUGAAUCUUUGUGCGCACAGUGUUACGAGACCAACUCUGGUUCGGCUUCUACUUGACACGAUCAAGCCUGAGACCGAAAGCCCUGUCAGUGGAUUGACGACAGUUAAUUCCCAGAGGCUUUAUGGUUGUCAAUCCAAUGUGGUUUAUGGACGAUCUCAAUUGGUGGAUGUUCUUCUGUCUACAGGUCUUCCGCCCUUGGUGUUGCGCCGGGUACUUGAGAUUUUAACUUAUCUGGCCACCAACCAUUCUGCAGUUGCCAGCAUCUUGUUCCACUUUGACGUCUCACUUGUUCCGGAGUAUUCAAAUCCAAACCAUCCAGAAAUUACAAAGGACAAAGGGAAGGAGAAAAUUGAAGGAGAAGAUUUAUCAAACCUGUCACUCAGCAUUCGGAGAUUGGACAUUCCUUUGAUAUUGUUCCUUAGAUUGUUAAGUCAGCCAAUUUUCAUACGCAGCAGUGCUCAUCUUGAGCAGGUCAUGGGUCUGAUUAAAGUUGUAGUCUGCACCGCAGCAUCAAAGUUGGAAUGUCAACUCCAAUCUGAACAGGCAGCAGCCAUUCCCCAGGAUAUUUCUCCUGAUGAAGCUACAGGUGAUGUUAAGAAAGAUAUGCCGUUGUCUGAAGUGGAAUCUAAGCAAGAUGAUAAAAUUGCCGGGGCUGAGUCUUCCACAUCAGAUAAGAAGAAAGGCGCUGAUAAAUUGAAUAUCUUCUUGGAGCUCCCACAAGCUGAUUUGCACAAUGUUUGCAGCCUUCUUGGCCAUGAGGGGCUUUCUGACAAAGUCUACACACUUGCUGGAGAGGUACUAAUGAAGUUGGCCUCUGUUGCUGCCCCCCAUCGAAAGUUCUUUAUUUCAGAGCUUUCAGAGCUGGCUCACAGUUCGAGCAAUUCAGCCGUCAAUGAGCUCAUUACAUUGAGGAAUACACACAUGCUAGGUUUGAGUGCUGGGUCUAUGGCCGGCCAUGCCAUUCUCCGCGUGCUUCAGACACUUAGUUCUCUUACUUCACCUAAUGUUGAUGGGAAUAAGAUGGAAGGUGAUGGAGAAGUGGAAGAGCAUUCCAUUAUGUGGAAUUUAAGUGUUGCGCUCGAGCCAUUAUGGCAAGAACUGAGUGACUGCAUAAGCACAACUGAGGCAGGAUUGGCCCAGAGCUCGUUCUCUUCGAUUUUGUCAAAUACAAAUGCAGGGGAACAUGUGUCUGGAUCCUUAUCUUCAUCUCCUCCUCUUCCUCCUGGAACUCUAAGAUUAUUGCCUUUCAUUGAGUCUUUCUUUGUUUUAUGUGAGAAAUUGCAAUCAAACAAUGCCACCAUGCAGCAAGAUCAUGCUGACAUAACUGCCAGAGAAGUCAAAGAGUUUGCUGGGACUUCGGCUCCAUCACCCACCAAAGGUGGAGUUGAUUUACGAAAAAGGCUUGAUGGUGCUGUCACUUUUGGAAAGUUUGCUGAGAAGCAUCGCCGAUUACUGAAUGCUUUUGUGAGGCAGAAUCCAGGUUUGCUGGAGAAAUCCCUUUCCAUGAUGCUGAAGGCCCCAAGGCUGAUUGAUUUUGACAACAAAAGAGCCUAUUUCCGUUCAAGAAUCAGGCAGCAGCAUGAGCAACACCUACCUGCCCCACUGCGGGUUAGUGUUCGACGUGCGUAUGUCCUAGAGGAUUCGUAUAAUCAAUUGCGGAUGCGAACUAGUCAGGACCUAAAGGGUAGACUAAAUGUACAUUUUCAAGGUGAAGAGGGUAUUGAUGCUGGUGGUUUGACAAGAGAGUGGUAUCAAUUACUGUCCAGGGUAAUAUUCGACAAGGGAGCUUUGCUUUUCACCACUGUGGGAAACAACGCAACCUUUCAGCCAAAUCCCAACUCUGUCUACCAGACUGAACAUCUUUCUUAUUUCAAAUUUGUGGGCCGUGUGGUUGCUAAGGCGCUGUUUGAUGGGCAAUUGUUGGAUGUUUAUUUCACUCGGUCCUUCUACAAGCACAUACUUGGUGUGAAGGUGACAUAUUACGACAUAGAGGCUAUAGAUCCUGACUACUACAAGAACUUGAAGUGGAUGCUGGAGAAUGACGUCAGCGACAUACCUGAUCUAACAUUCAGCAUGGAUGCAGAUGAAGAGAAGCAUAUCCUCUAUGAGAAAACGGAGGUUACUGAUUAUGAACUUAAACCUGGAGGAAGAAACACAAGGGUCACAGAAGAAACAAAGCAUGAGUAUGUGGAUCUUGUGGCUGAUCAUAUUCUGACAAAUGCUAUCCGCCCUCAAAUUAAUUCCUUCCUGGACGGUUUCAAUGAAAUGAUACCUCGAGAACUUAUCUCAAUCUUCAAUGAUAAAGAGCUUGAGCUUCUAAUAAGUGGGCUUCCAGAAAUUGAUUUGGAUGAUCUGAAGGCCAACACCGAGUAUACUGGCUAUACAGCUGCCUCCAGUGUUGUUCAGUGGUUUUGGGAGGUUGUCAAAUCUUUUAACAAGGAAGAUAUGGCAAGAUUGCUGCAGUUUGUGACUGGUACAUCGAAGGUUCCUUUAGAGGGUUUUAAAGCAUUGCAAGGCAUUUCUGGUCCUCAGAGAUUUCAGAUUCACAAAGCAUAUGGUGCUCCUGUGCGGCUACCAUCAGCUCAUACCUGCUUCAAUCAACUAGACCUCCCUGAGUAUGCCUCCAAGGAACAGCUUCAAGAACGCUUACUCCUUGCUAUCCAUGAAGCUAGUGAAGGAUUUGGCUUUGGUUGAAUAUCGAAGCCUUCAUUGCAUCAUCACUCCCGUACUGCUAUAACUUAAUCUUCAAUUUCCAUAUAGAGAGUGACUGAUUCGGGUUGGAGUUUCAUGAUCAUACUUUUGGGGGAGAUCUCUGUUGGGAAACAAACUGCAAAAUUGUAUUUUUGAAACGCACCGAUCGAUCUCUGUGGUGUGGUGGUUUGGAAAUGAAGCCCUAAUUAUCCGCUUAAAUAGUAAAAGGAAACUGUUUCUUUUGGUAGUACCUUGUCAGCUUCACAGGUUCAUAGAAUGUACAUAUUUUUCUGGAGAGCAUUAGUCACUCUCUUGUAUAAUCUUUAAUCUUUGGGCCCAUCUUUUUUUUUUUUCGUUUUUAUCUAUUGAUCAACUGGCCUAUUCCAAUUCUUACCGCUCCUCUGGUAUCUGACUCAACGAACUGAAAUGGAUGAGUUUGUUUAGAGAGAAUGGUUUAUUUUGGAGUUUGUUA